CUGUUUCAUGCUCUUCUUCGUUGCUCUACCUUAAUCAAUACGGACAUUGCCCGCUGCGCGGACGACCGCUGAGAAUCUUUUCUUUCUUUAAUACCCAAGCCUAACCUUGCAAGAUGGUUCUGCACAACCCCAACAACUGGCACUGGGUGAACAAGGAUGCGUCUGCUUGGACGAAAGACUGGUUUGGCGAGAACCUGACCAAGCUCGAGGUGGAAGAUGGAGAUGUCAAGGCUAGGAUCACCAAGGUCCAGAGCAUGACCGGCGACGUGGAUGUCAGCCAGCGCAAGGGAAAGGUCAUCACCAUCUUCGACGUUAAGCUUGUACUGGAGUACACUGGGUCCACUGCCGAUAUCGACGAGGUCUCAGGGAACAUUACCAUCCCUGAGAUUGCCCACGACACGGAUGAGGACGACUACGUGUUCGAGAUCGACAUCUUCUCCGAGUCAAAAGAGAAGCAGCCCGUCAAGGAUCUUGUGCGAUCAAAACUCGUUCCUCAGCUGCGAAAGGAGUUUCAGAAACUGGCUGGUGCCUUGAUCACGGAGCACGGAAAGGACAUCCAGCAUGCGCCUGACUCUAAUCCCUCCAGCGGCUUCUCUACCCCGAGAACCCUUCCUCAGCCUGUGCCAAAGGCUGGAACCUCAACCUCUACUUCUCACACCAGCAGCUCCGGCGUCGUCAACACGGUGACAGUGCGUGACGACCAGGAGUUCCGCACCACUGCCGAGGAGCUGUAUCAGACAUUUGUCGACCCCCAGCGGUUGGCUGCCUUUACCCGGUCGCCACCCAAGGUCUUCGAGGGAGCGAAGCCUGGAGGCAAGUUUGAGCUUUUUGACGGCAACGUCUCGGGAGAGUAUCUUGAGCUGGAAAAGCCCAAGAAGAUUGUCCAGAGCUGGCGACUGAACCAGUGGCCGGCCGGUCACUACUCGAAGCUCAACAUUGAGUUUGACCAGAACGACGUCGACCACGUCACCGUCAUGCGGGUCACUUGGGAGGGUGUCCCCGUCGGUCAGGAAGACGUUACCCGACGUAACUGGGGCGAGUAUUACGUCAAGAGCAUUAAGCAGACCUUUGGAUUCGGUACCAUUCUGUAAUAACCACGACAACUCGAUUGGAAAUACCAGCAACAACUCACUUUUGAUCAAUGCACUUAACCGAGGGUAGAGAUGGGGUCGGCGUCUCUGCUAUUGGUGGCGGAUGGAUAUACACUUUAUUGCUCUUGGUAGGUCUAU